ACUCUCUCCGUUACACCCCCCCGCCCACCGCCGAGACACGCAGAGAGAGAGAGAAAGCGAAGAUGCAGAUAUUCGUGAAAACCCUAACCGGCAAGACCAUAACCCUCGAGGUCGAGAGCAGCGACACCAUCGAUAAUGUCAAGGCGAAGAUCCAAGACAAAGAAGGGAUCCCGCCGGACCAGCAGCGGCUGAUCUUCGCCGGGAAGCAGCUCGAAGACGGCAGAACUCUGGCCGAUUACAACAUUCAGAAAGAGUCCACGCUUCAUCUCGUCCUGAGGCUUCGUGGAGGGAUCAUCGAGCCUUCUCUGAUGGCUUUGGCUCGCAAGUACAAUCAGGAUAAGAUGAUUUGCCGCAAAUGUUAUGCCCGCCUGCAUCCGAGAGCUGUGAACUGCCGCAAGAAGAAAUGUGGCCACAGCAAUCAGCUGAGGCCUAAGAAGAAGAUCAAGUAAACUUUAGGUGGUUACCUUACUGUUGCAGAGCAUUUGUUUUCCAUUGAAGUACACGCUUUGUAUGGAUGACUAGUUGACUACUUUGAUUGUUUCAACCAAGAAUUCAUUUGGGCAUGUUUUUGCUUUUUGCCUUUUCGGGCUUAGCAGGUGAUAUUGUUUUUUCCUUUGUAAUGUUUGAAAGUGAUUGUCCCUUUGUUAAGUCCCCGAGUAAGACUGGAUACCGCCCUGGGAAGA